CUUCGCAAAAGUUUAUGAAGAUAGGGGUUCAAUUCAAAGAUGGCGGAAAAUUUAGAAACAGUGAAUUCAGCUCUUGCAGCGACACAAAAAUUGCGAUGCAGCGUCACUCGAGUAUUCACCCAUUUGAGGGAAGGAGUGAAAAGUACAAAGGGAGAAGUCAGUAAAGAAAGUAUGUUCAUUAGGCAACUUCAGGAAGCCCUCACAGCUGUUACCUCCGACUUCAGUGAAUUAGAGAAGCUGAGCUCGUCCCUUCAUAAAUUCACUGAUGGAAUUCCCAUGGGCAAUAGUGGUUUACUCAGCUUAGAUCCAGUACAAGACAAAACACCCAUGUACACACAGCUUCUGCAAUCUUAUAAGUGGUCCACCAAGUUACAAAGCCAUGCUAGCCUCGCAGGCGCCAUGUUAACACAGAAUUCCUUGAAGAGGACAUCCGUACCAUCAGGAGGGUUAUCUGCAAAAAGGAGGAAAACUCAGCCGACAUGUCAUGCUACACCAGCACAUCUUGUAGACAAUGUAGUCACCACUGUAGACAGAUCAUUUAACGAUCUAUCACUUACAGUCAACAGGCCACAAGGAACAGGAGCCGUACUCCAGGCUACUGUUGGUAGGACGUUGAGCGCCAUCGUCAUUCUUCGAGGGCUUCUAAUAGAAAGAGUGAUAGUACGUGGUUAUCAUGAAAACUUGCACAAAGACAAUGGCACGCUGGACCUGUGGACACCUUCAAAGUAUCGAGUAUUUCAAAAGUUAACAGAUCAUGCCAUGGCUGCAAUGCUGCACUACCACUUACCACACUUACCAGAAAUAGGAAUCAGGUCGUUUAUGACUUGGUUGCAUAGUUAUACAACAUUGUUCUCAACGGCUUGUCAUCGUUGCGGUAAAUAUUUGAAUGGUAAUAUUCCGCCAACAUGGCGGGACUUUAGAACUCUGGAAGUGUGCCACGAAAACUGCAGACAAUAAAAAUGCUGUGUUGUUAGACUGAAGUCACCUAAAAUAAAAAUGUACUCUGAAGGACAUUCCUAAAACUGUGAAUCUUACCAGACUAUCCUUUUUAUAUUAUCUUUUUUUAUUUUCUGAUGGAAUAAACUUUUGCUUUAACAUUCAGUUGUUGUUCAGCAUGACCAAACGUUGACGAUUGAUUCUGACAUGUAUGCAUCCACAUUAAAUGUUGAGUGAUCAUUAAAUUAGGUCAUCAAAA